AAAGCUGAAAAUUGUCCCUCUAGCUUAGCUUAGCUUAGCUUAGUUGUUGUUUGUAGCUUAGCUUAGCUUGAAGCAACCUUCAAGGGUCUCCAAAAUUAGGGUUUUGUUGGUCUACGAAAUGGGGAGUCCUGGAUCGAGAUCCGGAGAUGGCGUGGUGGCGUGCGAUUUCUGUAGUGAGCAGAGUGCGGUGCUGUAUUGUAAGGCGGACUCGGCGAAGCUGUGCCUGUUCUGCGACCAGCACGUGCACUCGGCAAACCUUCUGUCCAGGAAGCACGUGCGCUCGCAGAUCUGUGACAACUGCGGGUCGGAGCCGGUGUCGGUCCGGUGCGCCACGGACAACCUGGUGCUGUGCCACGAGUGCGACUGGGACGCCCACGGUAGCUGCUCCGUGUCCACCUCACACAAUCGCAGCACGAUCGAAGGGUUCUCUGGGUGCCCCUCGGUGCUCGAGCUCGCUUCCCUCUUGGGCGUCGAUCUCGAGGACAAGAAAGUUAAUCCGAAUCCAUCUAUGCCGUUGAUUCAGAGCUGGACGAGUGGUGGGGGUGUGAUGAACGACCCGUCGUCGUGGGGGUACGAUAAGCCGAGCGCGGGGGUUGUGUGUCUGCAGGACCUGAUUGUGCCGAGCGAGACGGUGGCGAAGAGACAGGGCGGUCGGAGCGGUGGGAAAAGGGGGCAGGUGAUGUGUAGGCAGCUGGUGGAGCUUUUAAGGAUGAGCGGUGGUGGGUGGGAGGGGCUGGGUUUGGGGAGUAGUGGCGGUGAUGGUGAUGGUGAUGGUGAUGGUGGGAUUGAUGGGGUUGUGGGUGCCAGCCCUGCCGUUGUUCAGCAGCAACAACAACAGCAGCAGCAACCACCACAGCAAGAAGCGCCGCUCCCGGCUUUGCUUACGAUGAAUUUGAAGGAGAGCGAUCGCAUUGUGGAUGGGGAUGCGUUGUGGGAUAGUAAUCCUGGUAGUCAGAGCACCCAGAUAUGGGAUUUUAAUCUUGGACGGGCGAGGGGUCAUGAAGAAACGGGUACACUGGAAGUUGCCUAUGGUGCAAAUGAUACAGGAUUUAUGAUAAAAAAUUUUGGUGAAUUUUUGAAAGAAACAACUUUGAAUAAUACAAAAAUGUUGGGAGAUAUGUUCCAGAUGAAUUGCCCUAUUGCAAAUGAUGAUAUGGCGUUCAAUAAUAUCUCGAAUAAUCCAACAACCAGCCUGGGGCCAGCAACAUCUGAGAGCAACAACCUACCAAGAGGUUCAGCAAGAGGUUCUAAAGAUUUCAAGCUUGUGGAACAAUCUUUUCUUAUUGGAGGUGACUGUGUGGGAACAGCAGCACCCACCAAGGCAGAGAUGGAGCUGCUGGCACAGAACAGAGGCAAUGCGAUGCAACGGUAUAAGGAGAAAAAGAAAACCCGAAGAUAUGAGAAGCACAUACGGUACGAGUCAAGGAAAGCAAGAGCUGAUACUAGGAAGCGAGUCAAGGGUCGGUUUGUGAAAGCUAGUGAAGCUCCUGAUGGUUAAUUGCCUCUGCUGAGAUGAUCUUCUCCUUCGCUCACUGUGUACAUAUAUUUCAUAUUCUUCCCACAGUAAAUGUAUAAUUUUGCAGUCUUUUUUUGUUUUUAAUUAACGAUUAUUAGUUAUCUGCU